AUGUUUAUCUCACAGUCCCAGUUGGUGGAAGAUUUCCAAGAACUGCGGAGGACAUUAGAGACCAUGAAUUUGUUCAAUGCCAACCUGGGGUUCUUCUUCCUUCACCUCGCCCAGGUCUUGAUUUUGGAAGCCCUGGCUUGGGUAAUAGUGUGGCAUUUUGGCAGUGGCUGGCUUGUCACAAUGCUCAUUUCUUUUCUUCUCACGGUUGCUCAGGCUCAGGGUUCAUUUCUGCAGCAUGACAUGGGACACUUUUCCAUGUUUAAGAAGUCCAAGUGGAACCGCCUGAUGCAGAUAUUUGUGACGGGUCAUCUCCAGGGCCUAUCUGCCAAAUGGUGGAAUAACCAGCACUUCCAACACCAUGUCAAAACAAACAUCUACCUCAAAGACCCAGAUAUUAAUCUAGACCCAUUUCUUGUUAUUGGAGAUUUACAACCUGUCAAGUAUGGCAAGAACAAAAUCAAAUUCAUCAACUACGAGAAGCAGCACCUGUACUUCUGCAUGGUUGGGGCCCCCCUUCUCAUGCCGGUGUAUAUCAACCUGAAAUCGAUUCUAGCAAUGUACCGCAGAAGGGCCUGGAAGGACAUUGCCUGGGUCAGCAGCUUUUAUAUCUGCUAUUUCAUCACAUUUGGCCCUUUCUAUGGAAUCUUCGGAACCAUGGUGCUCAUAUAUUUAGUCAAGUUUCUUGAGAGUCCAUGGAUUGCAUAUGUUACCCAGAUGAGCCACAUACCAAUGAAAAUGAGCAAAGAGGAGAACCAGGACUGGUUCAGCACUCAGGUCUUGGCCACCUGUAAUGUUGAACAGCCCUUUUUCAAUGACUGGUUCACUGGGCACUUGAACUUCCAAAUUGAGCACCAUCUGUUUCCCACAAUGCCACGCCAUAAUUACCACAAGGUGGCACCUCUGGUAAAGUCACUGUGUGCCAAGCAUGGACUGCCGUAUGUGAAUAAGCCCAUGUUGAAGGCAUUUGGAGAUACUCUUAGGGCCCUGAAGAAGUACGGAGCCCUCUGGAAGGAGGCAUACUGCAUGCAUCCAGAAACAUAAUGCAGAUGUGCAGGUGCUAAAGAGAAAACCACAGGCCCCAAAAGUGUCACUUGUGCUAAAGCCCAUGGUACCAAACCUCUACAAUACCUGACAUAAUUUCUUGCAGUUACAGCCUUCCCCAGAAAUGUAAUUUAAUCAUCUAGUCUGGAAUUUUUGGGUAGGCAAUGUGGUGGUAAUCUGUUGUGUUUUACUCCUUCUCCAUUCCUGCCCCUGGCCCAUAGA